CAGGAAGCCGGGUCUCCGCCUCCUCCCCUAACCCCGCCUGCUCGGCGGUGGAGGCGGCGGUGGCGGCUGCGCCUGUCCCUGCCUCUCCGCCACCUCCACCCCGGCCUAUUCCCCGGCUGGCGGCGUUGGCGGGGAGGGGGAACAGUAGUUGUAGACGCCCGCCCCUGCCUCAGAGAAGGUACCACUUUGAAUGAACAAAUAUUGAACUUUUCCAGUUCCCCUUAUAAAAGGAGUAUGGGGAGUAGGGAUAUAGUUUGAAUUGCAAAGCAUUUCACAUUAUGAGUUUCCUGGUUGUUGCACUGUCUCGCCAUGUGGGGAAAGUUCAUGCUAGAACACUGAAGCAAUUAAUGGGUGACUAUGAUCAGAUUUCUUCACCAAGUUCUCAGCCUGAGAAGGCUCUCUUCAAGAGCAAAGGAAAUAUCCAGAAUAAAAUAAUCUAGUAAGAAGAAUUUUCUCCCAUCUUCUCUACAGAGAAUCCCUUGUUGUCAACCUAAUGAAGCAUUCAAAGAAGACAUAUGAUUCUUUUCAAGAUGAACUUGAAGAUUAUAUCAAAGUGCAGAAAGCCAGAGGCUUAGAGCCAAAGACUUGUUUCAGAAAGAUGAGAGACAACUGUUUGGAAACCUAUGGAUACAGAGAAGAGGCUGAUUACCGACCAAGGUAUAGAAUGUUUGAUCAAAGACUCUCUUCUGAAACUGGGCAGACCUACCCGAGAUCAUGCCCUAGUUCACAAAAAGUGGAAAACCGCUUACCUCAGUGGCUACCAGCUCAUGACAGCAGGCUAAGACUAGACUCCCUGAGCUACUGUCAAUUCACAAGGGACUAUUUCUCAGAGAAACCAGGACCCCUGAACCUUAGUCAGCGAGAGUAUAACUAUAGCUCAUACAGUGUAGAAUCUGGAGUUCACAAUCGCCUCUCCUCAGCAAACAGUGCCAGUGGCCAUCCAGCCCAUCAUAAACAGCUACAUCAGAAGGGGAAAAGGAACCUGGAAGAAGGCAGAGAAAAACCAGAGGAGGAGCGGCCCAAGCAUAAGAGAAAAAAAGGUCGCGAGGAAAUAGAUUUAGAUAAACAGAAGAACUUCCAGACCAGCAAAACACAGAUGGAAGCAGACAGGAUCAGUACAGGAAAGCUUAAGAAUCGAAAGGAGAAAAAAAGCCGAGAUGGAGCCUCUAAGAAAGAGGAACGGAAGCGUAGAAAAGAGAAAAAGGAACAAGGUAAAGAGAGGACAGAGGAGGAGAUGCUUUGGGACCAGUCUAUCCUCGGAUUUUGAAGCUCUUGGGUUGGUUCUCCUGAGGUUAAAUUGAAAAAAUAGCUGAGGUCCUGGUUUUCUGAUGUUCAUGUUCUUACCAAUUUUUUCAUGUGAACAGGUACUUUAACUUCUAACAACAGGCAGUGAACAGGAAGUAUUUAAUAUGCUUACUCUCCAUCAUGGAAAUUACUUUUCCUCAUUUUCUAAAUGCAUCUUACAUUUUUCGUGUAUAAGGUAUAAUUUCCCUUAAUGAGAGUGGCUCUGCUUUUACUCAUCAAAUUGCUAUGACAGUAGAAGUGUUUUUCCCUUGGGAGGUCAUUUAUUUUAAAUUGGACUGUAUUAAUAGGCUUUGGAAAAUCUGUUUCUUGAUUGGGUUUGUUUUAGUUUUGGAUGAGGUGUAUUUAUAUUCAUUAGUUUUCUCUAUGAUACAAUUUAGACUGAUUUUUUUUUCCUUUUUGAUUUAACUUGCAGUGUAUUUUCUAGAUUGGAAAGUGGAGAAUGGAAUUCAUUAUAAUAAUAAUAAGCUAAAGUUACGUAUAGUUUUUAAAGUUUCAAAGAGUCUAUGCAAAAUCAGUUUAUAUUCUGGAAAUAUUU